GAAAGGAAUCUGGUCUGAAAGUGUGAGACACCGCAAAGAUGUUAGCUGGAUUAGUCUGGAAGACGAGCGCCUGACUAACACCAUCCCAAUGGAAUCUGUGAGCUUUACAGUGGAUGAUGUCACAAAAUCAGUGAUUAAAAUGCAUAACUGGAAGGCUGCCGGUCCCGAUGGUAUUCAUAACUACUGGAUCAAAAAAUUCACUACCUUACACGACCUUCUAUCAAAGUGCUUCAAUUCUUUCCUUCAAAGUCCUGAGGCUUUCCCUCCAUAUCUUUCCACCGGUAUUACAUAUCUGCUGCCAAAGGAUGAUGAUAUUGCUAACCCCACAAAGUACCGACCUAUUACCUGCCUCUGUACACUUUAUAAAACCCUGACAUGAUAUUUGACAGCGAAAAUUUAUGAGCACUUAGACCUACAGCCGAUACUAGCUAUUGAGCAAAAGGGGUGUAUAAAGAAGUCGCAAGGCUGUAAAGAACAACUUAUAGUAGAUUCUGUGGUCACAGAGCAAGCAUACCACAAAUCUAGAAAUAUCCACGUGGCAUAUAUUGACUAUCGCAAGGCUUUUGACUCCGUGCCGCACUCCUGGUUGAUACAAGUCCUUAAUAUGUAUAAGAUCCAUCCUAAGGUAGCAGCAUUGCUUAAACAUAUUAUGUCGUAUUGGCGUACUGAACUUUCUCUUAGUUUAAAGGGUUAUAACAUCAAAACGAACUACAUUCACAUACGUCGAGGAAUUUUUCAGGGUGACAGUUUAAGUCCCCUCUGGUUUUGUCUUGCUCUGAAUCCGUUAUCUGCAAUAUUAAACAAUACAGGUUACGGGUUUCUCAUUAAGGGCAGUACUGGGAUAGAGUUCAAACUUAACCAUCUUUUGUACAUGGACGACAUAAAGUUGUACGCUGCUAAUGCUAGUGAACUUAGAGGCUUACUGCAAAGUACUGAGCAGUUCUCGAAUGACAUUAAAAUGUCUUUUGGCCUGGAAAAGUGUCGUACUUUAAGUCUUGAUAGGGGAAAGGUCAAAAAGGCAGAAGGCUACGACCUUCAGGAUGGUGGUAUAAUUGAUGCGAUGGCUAAAGAUGACAAUUACAAAUAUCUUGGUUUACUCCAAACUCUUCGAAUCGACCACAAGGAAAUAAAAUCUCGGAUAUGUAAAGAAUACUACCGUAGGCUCAAAGAAAUUCUCGGAACGGUUCUUAAGAGCAAAAACAUCUUCAAGGCAAUCAACACUUUCGCAAUGCCAACAAUAACUUACACCUUCGGAAUUGUAAAAUGGACAGACACCGAUAUCGGGAAUAUUGAGAGAACUACCCGUGUAUUAUUGACAAAAUAUUGGUUCCAUCAUCCUAAAUCCGCUACUGAUCGAGUAACUUUGCCAAGAGCUGAAGGGGGAAGAGGUCUCGUUGACCUAAGGCGGCUUUAUUCCAAGCUAAUAAAAAACUUGCAAAAUUACUUUCUCAGCAAAGAGUCGUCUCCCUUACACCAAACAGUUACUUUAGCGGAUAAUGGCUAUACUCGACUGGAUCUUCUUCAUUCUAAAGAAGUUGAGCCCUUGGUUGCUGAUGCCGAAUACCUUAAGGCCAAACUUAACCAGUGGGCCUCAAAACCACUACAUGGAAGGUUUGCCCACGAGCUUAGAGGCCCUCACAUUGAUAUUGCGGCGUCGACCAGUUGGUUGCGCCGCGGGGAACUGUUUGCAGAAACUGAGGGUUUUAUGAUAGCAAUACAGGAUCAAGUAAUUCCGACAAAAAAUUACCUAAAAUACAUAGCCAAAACAAAUGUCGAAGAUGACCUAUGCAGACGAUGCUAUCAGAAAUCUGAAACGAUCCAACAUAUCACGGGUUCGUGCCAGGCUCUUGCUGCAUCAGAAUACACUCAGCGUCAUAACGAUGUCGCCAAAAUAAUCCAUCUAGCACUGGGCCGAAAAUAUGAUCUAUUGAAGGAUGACUACCCGUACUGGAAAUACUCCCCUAGUCCCGUGCUGGAAAAUGACAACAUUCAACGUAUAUUGGGAUAGAUCAGUCCUAACAGACCGGUCCGUCCCCCAUAAUCGGCCAGAUAUUAUAAUUCUUUAUAAAAAGGAGAAACGGGCUUGUCUGUUAGACAUUGGGGUUCCUAACUCGCAUAAUAUUCAGCAAUAUAUAAUGGAAAAAAAGACAAAAUACCAACCGCUUGCUGAAGAAGUGAGACAAAUGUGGCUUCAGGAUGAAGUAGAAGUCCUUCCCCUCAUAAUUUCAACUACAGGAAUAAUACCGCAGCAGCUUAACGAAAAUCUUGCUAAGCUAGACCUACCAAUGUCCGUUAGGAACAAUAUUCAAAAAGCUGUUAUCCUAAGGACAACUGCCAUUGUGAGGAAGCAUCUUGCCCUAUAAAACACAACCUCUUUGUAUCUUGCUAAAAGCCGAUCUAAGAGUUGUGAACCC